AUGGUGGACAGGUUUCAGCGGAGUUUCCAGGCUAGGAAGAACUAUAAUGCUGGAGAAGAAUAUGAAAAUACGUGCUUCCUGAAGCCACGUGGCUGCAGCCGGGACGUGAGUAGCAGCUCUGUCUUUGGCUGGCUGUCCUUCUUCUCUCCGGACCGGACCGGGACCCCUGCCCACCACUGCCUCCUCACCUUGCAGCCCUCGCCGAGCUGGUCCCUGGAGUCUGGAGAUCCCCCUCUACCUGCACCAGGAGAUGAAGUGUCAGCCCCUCUUGGGGGCCAUGGCUUCUACAGCAAACUCAUCCUCUCAGUCCUGCCAAACCUUAAGGUGUCCUCAGGAGGGACUGUGACUCUGUAGUGUGAUUCUUGGGCGAAGUAUGACUGGCUUGUUGCGUCUAUGGACGGAGAAUCCUGGACCAUGGACACGCUGCAGUACUCCAAUGGACAGUCCCUGGCCGGGUUCUCUGUGGGCUUCAUGACUCCUGGCCACAGAUGGACAAUCAGAUGCUACGACAUUGUCAGGACAGAUUACUAUGUGUGGUCCAGCCCUAGUGAGACCCUGAUGUUCCUGGUUUCAGCUUCCACUUCCCAGAAUUACACGGUGGGGCAUUUCGUGUACCUGGGCCUGGCUGGUGUGGUUUUGCUGAUCUGGUGGUGA